GCCGUCAGCUGUUCGCGGCGCGCCCGCCGGCGCCGGCCGCAGUUUGGCGGCGCGGAGGCUGCAGCGGCGGCGGCGGCUCCUCCCGGGACGCCCCGUCCCCGAGGGACGCCCGUCCCGCUUCUCGGCCUGAAAUUCCUCUUGCUAGUCUUCCAUUCUGUUAAAUGCUUCGCAAACCAGAGCAAAGGAAGAGACAUGAAGAGUUGAAUUUCACUGCCUUGUUUGGAACUGGGUGGAAAUCCUGGAGAUGGAUCUCUUAGGAGUCUGUCUUCCAAUUGGGUUAGAUGCACAGGAGCAAUGGAUCGCCCCAACUACCUGGAAGAGGACUAUUCUAGCCUGGAUGGGCUGGACGAUGACGUGUUUCACUCUGAUGACUUUGGACUUGCAGGUCAGCCUGGUGAGAUGACUGCAACUGGCUUUUUCACACAGAACCAGUCCUACAGCUGCCUUCUGGGGAGGUUUCAACUAUUCCCCCUCACACACUGCUGUGGUCCCGGUAUCAGGCAUCCUGAGCAGCAGGACAAGGCAACUCAAACACUCAGCCCAUCCUCUUCCAGUCAGGAUGUUAUGUUGCCUUGUGGAGUCACUGAAGAGCCACGGAGACUCUUCUAUGGGAGUGCUGGUUACCGUUUACAUGUCCCUCCAGCUGGCUUUGUGUUGGAUCCGCACCUCCAGGAGGAAGCUCGGGAAGGUCAGCGGGAAGCACGAGCUGAGGUGCAGAUUGCACGGAAGUUGCAGUGCAUCGCCGACCAGUUCCACCGGCUCCACAUGCAGAGGCAUCAGCAGAACAGAAAUCAAGUGUGGUGGCAGCUCUUUCUCUUCCUACACAACUUGGCCUUAAACACGGAGGUGAACAGGAACCACACUGGGCAGAGGUGAGCUUCGCCCGCCUGUUUCAGGCCACAUCCAGUCUGCAGGGAGCACUGAACAAACACUGGUUCGGGGGCGAGACAUUGCACACCGCCGGCCGGAUGUGAGGACUCUGACUUUCUGAUCCUCGUCUUCAAGUUUGGGUGUUUUUACGGACUCUUCUUUGCUGCUGCCUGCCUCGCGAGGCGGGGAGCUCUUGUCCAACACUGUUGAAGGAAAGCCAGAAUGUGGGUGUGUUUGGUAAAGCUUGCUGCUGGCUCCCCGCACCGGUGACCUCUGUGCAAGGGAGGCAGGUAUUAGACUGAAGGCUUCCUCUGCCCUGGGUAGUAGUGGAUGGUAGAGUGCAGGAGUGUCAUUUUGGCUGCUAGUUGAAAGUGAUGCCUGGGAUUGAUGACUAAACAUACUUGGGGUAUCUUUUAGAGCAGAGAUGCUCAAUUCCUCCACA